AUGAAACUGGCCGGACGACGCCUUCAACAACCCAUCAAAUGUCUACGACGCUCGCUCGCUACACAUAUUAGUUCAACUGGCUCGGUUCAGAAAGAUUGCUCCUCGGUCACGCCGCCAUAUUCGUCGUUAAUUAGAAACCUCAAGACUGUGCGAGAUAUACUCGGAGAUCGGCCCCUCACCCUAGCGGAGAAGAUCCUCUACAGCCACAUCCAUGCUCCUCAGAAAAGUUUGGUUAAUGGGAGACUCGUCAGGGGUGAAACAUACCUCCAGCUCAGUCCGGAAAGGGUUGCUAUGCAGGAUGCAUCAGCUCAGUUGCAGUUCAUGAGUGCUGGUCUCGCGAAAUGUGCAGUGCCUGUAAGCAUUCAUUGCGACCACUUGAUACAAGCAGUAAAUGGGGCAGCUUCCGAUCUUGAGCGGUCAAUAAUUUCAAACAAGGAGGUAUUCGACUUCCUAGAAAGUGCUGCUCGGAAGUAUGGGAUUGAAUUCUGGCGUCCGGGUUCUGGCAUCAUACAUCAAAUAGUCUUGGAGAACUAUGCCGCACCGGGGAUGCUGAUGUUGGGUACAGAUUCCCAUACACCGAACGCUGGAGGCCUUGGCAUGUUGGCUAUUGGUGUUGGAGGAGCAGAUGCGGUCGAUGCGAUGACGGGGACACCUUGGGAGCUGAAGGCACCUGAGGUAGUCGGUAUCCAUCUAACAGGCAAAUUGAAUGGUUGGGCAACACCCAAGGACCUCAUCUUGCAUCUUGCUGGAAAGCUGACCGUCAGGGGUGGAACAGGUAGAAUACUGGAAUACUUUGGGCCCGGUGUCGCCGACCAGUCAUGUACCGGUCUUGCGACUAUCGCGAACAUGGGUGCUGAAGUUGGAGCUACAACAUCGACGUUCCCCUACUCAGCAAAUAUGCGUGCGUAUCUAGAGAAAACAGGUCGUGCACCCGUCGCCCGGGCGGCAGACGAAGCGGCCGCACAGGGCUUCCUGAGUGCGGACAAGGACGCCGAAUAUGACGAAGUGAUCGAAAUUAACUUAUCUGAGCUAGAACCCACUAUCAAUGGACCAUUUACACCAGAUCUAGCUACCCCGAUCUCCGCUUUUGGCAAGUUUAUCGAAAAAGAAGGCUGGAAGGACGAGUUUUCUGCAGGCCUCAUUGGAUCGUGUACUAAUAGUUCCUACCAAGACAUGACGAGCGUGGCGGACCUGGCGCGCCAGGCAAAAGCAGCUGGGCUUACCACUAAGGUACCUUUCCUCUGCACACCGGGAUCAGAGCAAAUACGGGCUACCAUGGAGCGAGACAAUUUGACCUCUGCCCUGGAAGAGGUAGGGGCCACCGUACUUGCGAACGCUUGUGGCCCUUGUAUUGGUCAAUGGAAGCGUGAAGACCAGACUGAUUCAGAAAAUGCUAUCCUAACGUCCUUCAACCGGAAUUUCAAGUCACGGAAUGACGGAAAUCGUCUCACAAUGAACUUCCUUGCCUCCCCUACUAUCGUAACGGCAAUGUCUUUCUCCGGAAAGCUAUCGUUCAACCCGAUCACGGAUUCAAUACCACUACCUUCCGGCGAGCUAUUUAAGUUCUCGCCGCCUACGUCACAAGAUUUACCUUCUGCUGGGUUCGCCGCGGGGGACUUGUCGUAUUAUCCCGCACCAUCGCCUGCUCCUCAGCCUGACACUGAGAUUGUGGUGCGGAAGGAUUCUCAGCGACUGGAACUUCUGGAGCCGUUUGGUAGCCAUUUUGGACCAGAUUCGGGCAACCCAAGAGGGUUAGAACUUCCAGAGCUAAGAGUUCUACUGAGAGUUCGGGGAAAGUGCACUACCGACCACAUAUCUGCAGCGGGCCCCUGGCUGAAAUACAAAGGCCAUCUAACCAAUAUAUCGGAGAACCUUUUGAUCACAGCGGUCAACGACGAGGGUGGUGAAGUGAACAUUGCCUUCGACCACGACCAUGAUGCGUCUCAAUCCAGCACGGAUACCAUUCCUGGUGUAGCCAAGCGCUUCAAGGCUCGAAAGCAGCCUUGGGCACUGAUUGUCGACGACAAUUAUGGUGAAGGCAGCGCCAGGGAACACGCGGCCCUUCAGCCAAGAUUCUAUGGAUGUUCUAUGAUUAUCGCGCGCUCUUUUGCUCGUAUUCACGAGACAAACCUCAAGAAACAAGGCGUGCUGCCGUUAUGGUUUGUGGAUAAAUCGGACUACAACCGAAUUGGUUCAGGGGAUAAACUAGAGACGAUCGGCCUCGAGGAUUUACUGAACGGUGUCCCUGAUGCAGGAAUCCGUGUCAAGGUGACGAAGCUCGACGGAGAGGUGUUUGAGAUUCCAACAAGGCACACCAUGUCUACCGACCAGCUCCACUGGCUUCGCUAUGGUUCUGCGUUGAAUUACAUUCGUAGACAGCUUUCGUAG